AUGGUUCCAUCAACGUCGACAACUUCAAUGAAGACACUGGUGAAGAAGAUCCGCAAUGGAGGAAGACGACUGAGUGCAAUCGCAUUCCGACGUGGCACACCGUCUCGUGAUCUGCAAACGAUUGAAGACAAUAAUGACAGCAUUUCGAACAUUUCAUCAUGUGACUGUGCCAACGUGUCUCUACCGAUCAGUUCGCCGGGUCAUCAAACUCCGCCAAUGUACAGAGGCGGAAGCCCUCCUUCCCUUCAUGGACUUGAUGCUACUUGUUGCGAGAAAUCACUCCACGUCCCCAAUCAACCAGCAGCUCAAAGCAAGCGGCACUCGGCUCCCAAUAUCGCCACUGCACCGCCCCGAAAUGACUCCUACUACUCUUGUGAUAUGCUGCCCGUUAUUUUGGAAGAAAGAGACAAAACGAGAUCGUCCUCCGAUCAGACCAAGCUAACUUCUCCAGACUCCACAGCUGCCUGCUCGGAUAUUACUGUGCGUGAGGUUGACAUCGGGAACAACAGUACGAAAACUUCAUCACCAGUUACGCCCAAAUCAUUAACAACUAAAAGGACAACUAACUGA